AUGGCAACACAUCUGUAUCAAUGGGGAAUUAUUUAUGAUUCUCAGUCACAGAAACGAAUUAAAUGUCAUGUACCAACAAAAACAACAAUAAAUCAACGAUUAGAAGGCAAUUUCGAACAAGUAGCAUGUGGCACAAAUUUUACUGUUGUUCUUGAUUCAAAUCAUCGUGUACAUGUUGUAGGUGAUGAACCAAAAUAUGGUCGACUUGGUCAAGGUGAUGAUAAAACAAUUGUACCAACAUUAACUUUAAUCAAAGGUCGACUUCCUCCAUUUAAUUUUAUUUCAUCGGGACCAGCAACAACUAUUUUAUUAACUACAGAUAAAAGAGAAUUAUGGGGUUUUGGUAAAGGUAUAGGUUAUCAAGCAAAACAAAUUUUACAAAGUGAACAAACAAUAACACAUUGUGCUUGUGGUGAAAAUUCAAUAAUAAUUGUUAUAAAUGGUUGUCAAAUAAAAGAACGACGUUUUAAUCGAGAUGGUUUUACAACAGAAUGGAUUUGUCUUUAUCAAUUAUCUGAUAGUAAUGAUAAAAUUCAACAUAUUGAUAUUGGUUCAUCUGUAAAUGGUUUUAUAACAGAACAAGGUCAUAUUUAUUUAUGGGGAUCAACUGUACCUUAUGGUAAAAUAUCUAAUGAAGAAAAUUUUCGAAAUAUAUCAAUUAAUGAUCCAAUACAAAAGGAUUUAAUUAAUAAUAAUAAUAAUGAUCGACCAAUACAAAUAUCAUGUAGUCGUGGACAAUUUCAUGCUCAUGUUUUAUUACUUACAGAACAAGGAUGUAUUUAUUCAAUGGGUUCAAAUUAUAAAGCUAAAUUAGGUAUUGAUAUUGAUAAAUUAUUUACCGGUGAAUGGACACUAAUUGAAUUAACACGAACAUGUCCAUUUAAAAUGAUAGCUGCUGGUGGUAUUCAUUCUAGUGCAUUAUCAACAGAUGGACGAGUUUUUACCUGGGGUUGUGGAUCAGAUGGUCGUUUAGGACAUGCAGAAGCUCAAGGUCAUAGAUAUUUAUAUAAAGAACAUGAACCAAGAUCGAUUGAUCUUUUGAAUAAUCAACAAGUUACAUCAAUGUCAACUUCAUAUUAUCAUAUGGCAGCUAUUGUUGUUCAAUAG